UCAGGGCUUCCCUUUGGCUCGCGGGUGCACGCGCGGCUCCCGAGACAGGCAGGCAGCUUCUCUUCCCGUGCCUUUCCCGGCUGCAAGCCUUCUCUUCCCUGUCACUCCCUCCCUCCCUCUCCUCCUCCUCCUCCUGCUGCUCUCCGGUCGUCCCUCCUGGCAGCCCUUUGCUGUCCUCUUCUCUUUCCUCCCUCCAUCCCAGGUCUUUUAAUCUCCUUUCCCCGACAUUCCCCCCACCCUCUUACUUCUCUCCCCCGAGAGAGACUCCGCUCCUACCGCCUUUCCUUUCCUCCCCCGCCCCUCAUUGUCUUCUGCAGCCUAUUGCCCAAUUUCCAAAGCUGGGGGAAACUCGCUAUGGGCGAGGACGAGGCAGUCCCGGCGGCUCUCCUUUCCAGCACUAGCUAGAAGAAGCGGGGCCUUUCGGGUUCGGCCAGGGAGUGUGAGUUGCACGGCGGCAACCUCUCCUUGCAGCGGCAGCGGCGUCCGUCCCUCUGGUGAUCCGCCAGGCGUCGCGUUGUCUUGGGGCGCUCGGCCCGUCCAGCCCGAUGUGCGACUUGCUCGACUCGCAGCAGCCGGCCGAGAAACUUAGCAGAAUGAAAAAGUUACGGCGAACUUUGUCGGAGAGUUUCGGCAGACUAGCCUUGAAAAAAGAUGAUAACGGCUUUGAUGAGAUAUGUGUCACAAAGAUGUCCACACGGAAUUGCCAAGGAAUGGAUUCUGUGAUCAAACCUUUGGACACAAUUCCAGAAGACAAAAAAGUCAGAGUUCAGAGGACACAAAGCACUUUUGACCCAUUUGAGAAGCCAAAUAAUCAAGUAAAAAGAGUUCAUUCAGAGAACAACGCCUGCAUUAAUUUCAAAUCUUCAUCAGCUGAGAAGGAAUCUCCGAAAAUCAGACGGCAUUCCAGUCCUAGUUCUCCAACAAGUCCCAAAUUUGGAAAAGCUGAUUCUUACGAAAAACUGGAAAAACUGGGUGAAGGUUCAUAUGCUACAGUGUACAAAGGGAAAAGCAAAGUAAAUGGAAAGCUAGUAGCACUGAAAGUAAUAAGACUUCAGGAAGAAGAAGGUACUCCAUUUACAGCUAUCAGAGAAGCAUCUCUCCUGAAAGGUCUAAAACAUGCUAAUAUUGUGCUGCUUCAUGAUAUCAUUCAUACAAAAGAGACACUGACCCUAGUAUUUGAGUUUGUGCACACAGAUUUAUGUCAGUACAUGGAUAAACAUCCUGGAGGACUUCAUCCAGACAAUGUGAAGUUAUUUUUAUUUCAAUUGCUGCGAGGACUUUCGUACAUCCACCACCGUUACAUUUUGCACAGGGAUCUGAAACCCCAAAAUCUUCUGAUCAGUGACACUGGGGAGUUGAAACUGGCAGAUUUUGGUCUUGCAAGAGCUAAAUCUGUCCCUAGUCACACAUACUCUAAUGAAGUGGUAACCCUUUGGUAUCGACCUCCAGAUGUUCUCUUAGGCUCAACAGAAUAUUCCACUUGCCUUGAUAUGUGGGGAGUUGGUUGCAUUUUUGUGGAAAUGAUUCAAGGAGUUGCUGCUUUUCCAGGAAUGAAAGAUAUUCAAGAUCAGCUUGAAAGAAUUUUUCUGGUUCUGGGAACUCCAAAUGAAGAGUCAUGGCCUGGAGUUGAUGGUCUACCACAUUUCAAGCCAGAUCGCUUUACACAGUACAGUGCUAAAAAUCUUAGACAAGCCUGGAAUAAAUUAAGCUACGUGGAUCAUGCAGAAGAUCUGGCUUCCAAAUUACUCCAGUGUUUCCCCAAAAACAGAUUGUCAGCACAGGCAGCUUUGAGCCAUGAGUACUUCAGUGAUCUUCCUCCACGGCUAUGGGAUCUAACUGAUAUGUCAUCUAUCUUUUCUGUACCGAAUGUAAGACUACAAGUGGAAGUUGGAGAAAGUACAAAAGCUUUUGGGAAAAACAUUUAUGGCAAAGGUCAAUCACAUGUAAAGCACUGAAGAGAAUUUUGAUUUCCUACAAAUAAUUGAGGAAUUAAGAUCACCAGUCUAGAGAAGAGAAAAAAACAAACAAACAAGAUAUAGUCAACAUUAUAAAGGCACCAUUAUCUGCUUCCUUUCUUGGAUUUCAAUCACAAGAAAAAUUAUGCUGACAAGAUCUGAUUCCCCACUCCUUCUCAGUUUAUUUAAAGUACUGCACGUAUUUUGAUACAUUGUGAUUUGACAGACGUUUGUGAAAAUUUAUUGAUGUGUGGCAUAAUUGGCUUUUUUUCCUCAGUCUUUUGUGUUUGAUUUUAUUACUUUUACUUGACUGCAGUAUAAAUACUUUUGUGAAAAUGUUUAAGUUUCACCAGCAAUGUCUUAAAUAUAGUAAGGCAACACCUUUGGUGUUCACAACUUCCUUUAUAUUAUCUGUAGCUAAAAGGCAGUCAUGGCAUGAAACAGUGUAUUUAUUCAUUGGGAAGUCCCACUCAUUUCAGAUUCAUCAAAUUUCUAAGCUGAAACAGGCUACAGAUAUGUUGUGACAGUCAGUGUCUUUUAAUUUUGCUCAUUUUUUUUACUGCUAGUAAAUGUAGUAUUUUUAAUUUGACCAUGGCAAUAAAUGCAUCUUAGUUAGAAUUUGGGUACUCUGCCUAUGUUGAAUAAAGUGACAUAAAUGGGCAAAUAUAUACACUUUAUGCCCUUUUGAGAAAAGGGAGUUAUUGUUAUACUGUUUUUGUGAUUAUAUUUCAACUUGUUCAUAUGUCUUGCUUCAACAAUAUUUUCUAAGAAGGAAACUAGAGAAGAUGAAGAAAAAAAUGAGUUUACAUUUGGAAAAGCACUAUGAUAGUGCUGAAUAACACUAUGAUUAGUUGCUGAAUGAGCCAUUAGAAAUAUUAGCCUUGAAUAAUCAUCCAAAUUCAAAAUACUUUCUUUUUCUAACCAAAGGACUCUUCCAGUUAUUUUUUUAAGAUAUUAAGAUGGUAGGGACAAAAGCACUAUAUUAUGCAUUUUCAUACAGCUGAUUUUCCUGUUUAAUUUUUACAUUGUUAAUCAAUAAGGAAUUACUAUUCUUCCUUUCUUAAAAGGUGAAAGGGAAAUGGAAUUAGUGGAGGCAGUAGUUGGAUUUGCCUUCUACAUACCACCCCUAACAUGACUAGUAGAAUGUUAUUGUAGAUGAGGAAGAAUAAAUUUUCCUGAAAUAAAAGAAAAUUACAUUUUCCAUAGUAUAACAAAUUUCUAAGAAAUUCAUUCAUUCAUUCAUUCAUAUAUAUGAAUUCAAUUAUGGAAAUGCUUUUAUAAAUAAAAGCUGGAAAACAGGGAUAUGUUUUAUAGUUUGCAUUUGCUUUGUAAACUGAAAGCAUCUUAUUACUUGGAUCUGGCGAAUACAUGAUUUUGCAAAAGACUAAUUUUUAAUACAAGGGAACCUUUGUCAAUAUGAUUUUAUUAUUACACUAUUCCCAACAAUUAUAUAUAAAUUAAAAUAAAUGUUUUUGUCCUGCCUGAACAAGCUUUGCCACCUUUCUUUAAAACUUUAUAUCCAUGGAAACAAGUAAUCAAAAAUCCAAUGAAACAUUUUGGACUUAACAAGAAUGUAUUAAUCUUUGUUUUCUGUGUAGUAUUUUUCAAAUUAGAUCAUAUAUUCACUUGGCUAUUUUAAGGUUAUCUAUCUAAAAAAAUUUCAGUGCUGUAAAAAAAUGGGGAAAGAAAAUUUGAGAAUUAACAAAACUAUCAAAGGAAGAUCGAUUUCUGUAAAUUUCUGUAAUAACUUAAAGAGAGAUGAAACCAUUUCUCUCCAUAUUAAAUGCACAAUGGUUUCAUGUAGAAAGUAAUUCACUGAGUUAUUUCCUUCAAUGGGUUAAAUGCCUAGCACCUUAUUAUUCACAGUAAAUCAAAUGUUUAGGAUGUACACUUAGAUUUUAUGAGAUUCUUUCAAAAAUUGUUCCUGAUGCCAUUGAAUAUAUUGGCCAGCUCUUACAAUUUGAAAAUAAUUAAUGAAUUUGACUUUUAAUAUAAGUUCUUGAUUUAAAAGGAUGAAGGGGGAGUUAGAAUUUGGAGGCUGGAAAUCCAUCUCUUAGAGUGUAUUGAUUAGUAAUUCAAUUUUCUCCUCUUAAUUUUUUUGGUGGGAGUAGCUGUUUAAGCUACAGAUCUCUGUAUUUUGGAAUGGGCCUUGAUAUCCAACCAAGAAACUUCAUGAAAAACAAAAAGGGGAAUCAUUAAUGCUCCUUUUGCAACCUUCUCCAAAGCACAAUGACAACCCUUAGAAGUUAGCACAACUAAAGCAAUCUGCA